GAAACAUUUAUAAAUAAAAGACAGACAGUAUCAAGUAAAACACUCCUUUUUUCUUUAUUUCUUUCUAUAUAAAUAUUUAGAUAUAUAUACAUAUACAUACAUAUACACAUAUAUUCUUUAAUUUGAAGUAUCUUUACUACAAUGCCAACUAUGAUUAGUAAAUUUAUUGACAAGGCAAAACCUAGGUUUUCCUUUCAUAAUCAUAGAGCAAAUAGUCAUUCGAGUAAUAAUGACAGCCAUAGCAGUAGCAAAUUUCAUCUAAGUAAUCCUUUACCCAAUACACAUCUAUUUGGAUAUAAAGACGAUACAAAGGAUAAUUAUAUUGAGCCACCUCCAAUUGCUCCAACUGAGACUAAACCGAUAAAAGAGAAUAUAGCUGCACAAACAUCAAAUAUAUCUACACCACCAACUACUCCAAAAAAAGAAUCUAUAUCUUCUUCUGAGCAACAUACAAAUGGUGAUGACGAUACAAUACUAACUGACAAACAACAUCCAUCUUCGUCAUCUAGUUCCGUUGAACAAGUACUAGAUGAUUCCGAUGUCACACGUCCUCAUUGUCAAAUGAAAUUGACCAAUUUCAAUUUACAUCGAACUCUUGGUACAGGUUCAUUUGGACGAGUUCAUCUUGUUCAGUCCAAAAUAAAUAAACAUUAUUAUGCAUUAAAAGUACUCAAGAAAGCAGAAAUUGUAAAACUAAAACAAGUGGAACAUACUAAUAACGAACAUUCAAUUCUUAUCAGUGUCCAACAUCCUUUUAUCGUUAAUCUUUGGGGUAGUUUUCAAGACUGUGCCAACUUGUAUAUGGUCAUGGAUUAUAUACCCGGUGGUGAAUUAUUUUCAUAUUUGAGAAAAUCAAAGAAAUUCUCCAAUGAUGUAGCGCGAUUUUAUGCAGGAGAAGUUUUAUUAGCUAUUGCUUAUUUACAUAGUAAAAAUGUGAUUUAUCGUGAUUUAAAACCAGAGAAUUUACUUUUAGAUGCGCAUGGACAUAUCAAGAUAACAGACUUUGGAUUUGCAAAAAUAGUACCUGAUAUUACAUGGACAUUAUGUGGUACACCAGAUUAUCUUGCACCAGAAAUUAUUCAAACAAAAGGAUAUGGCAAAGCAGCAGAUUAUUGGGCAUUGGGUGUCCUUAUAUUUGAAAUGCUUGCAGGUUAUCCUCCAUUUUACGAUGAUAAUCAAUUUAAACUAUAUGAAAAAAUCUUAACCACACAACCAAAAUACCCUUCGUCCAUGGAUUCAGCGGCCAAGGACUUGCUAAAGCAUUUACUUACACCAGAUCUAAGUCAACGUUAUGGUAAUCUAAAACGAGGUUAUCAUGAUAUUUGUGAGCAUAAAUGGUUUUCUUCACUUGAUUUUGAAAAACUGAUUCAAAGAAAGAUUAAGCCACCGCAUAUUCCUCAUCUAAAAGGUGAAGGAGAUACUAGUAACUUUGAUAAAUAUCCUGAAGAUAUACAUCCUUAUGGUAUUCCUCAAGAAGAUCCUUAUCGAGAUCAAUUUCCUGAUUUUUAAAGGGGGAAAAAAAACCCCCCUCCCAAUAACAAUGCAUUUAAAGAGUAAUGUUAAAAAUAAAGAAGGUUAUAAAUUUG